UUGUGAGGAUCAUCCGUUGAGUGGGGUAGAAAACAGUUAGGCUCGUGUGAAGUAUGGCUGUCGAAUUCAAUCACAAAUUUCUCAUCGUGUCCGUUUCAUGUAGACAGAAGAUCUAUUUUUAAGAUCAAUUCCGCGUAGGAAAUAUCAUUAUAAGUAGUCAUAGUGAAGUGGGGAAAAGGAUACUGUGUUGAAUAUUGCUCGGGAUUAAGUGUGAGAAGUGUGUGAAGAGGAGUUUCUGUGUGAAAUCUUGAGUGAAAGUGAGUGUUGACUUGCGACGCGUAGUGGAAAAUUUCCUCCAAUUAGUAUUUAAAGCCAUUAGGAAUUAGAUAAUGUCAUUUGUUCAAUAAAGACACACUCCUAAAGUGCUCCCGAAGAGAGGAAAGGAGGAAAAAGUAUUACUUUGAAGACAAAAAGAGAAAUAUUUCCCAUCACAGUUUAAUAGAGAAAAGAAAGAGUGAAGAAUUUGGUGCUAAAUUUAAAUUUGUCCUUUUCCGUCGCUGCACUCGGAAAUGUCCUGUGUGUGAAGAAGGAAGAGUGAAGAGGGUGAAAAACUCCAUCACCUUGAACAAGAGAGAAACACACGGAAAAUUAUUGAUUGUCUCUCUUUCGGGGUGUUCUAAAUAAUGUAUUAAUGCAUUGAAUAUGGAUAUUUGGGCAGUGUUUCAUGUGAGAUAUGGAAAAUUCACAGUAUUUUAGUUGAUUUCGUGUGAGAUGACCAAAGGGAGAAGGAACACUUUUUCUGUGAGCUAGUGGGAAAAUUCCUAAGUGAUUGUGCUGUGUUAGAAGAAAAGAUCCACACUUUUGGGAUUGAGCCACUAAUUCAGAUCUUUUUUAAGCCACCACGCGCGUCAUCGGUUUUUGGCGAAAGCGUUAGGGUUUAUUUACACUUUCGGCGGGUCAAUUGACAAUUGUAAAUAUUCCUUAUGUGGCUGAUGAGAGUGACUGUUCACUUUAUUAAUUCAUUUAGACUGUUUGUGAGUGGAAAUUAAUUAAUUUAUUAAAAGUAUAAUUCGUGAUAAUAUUUAGGCGUCAUCCUGUGACUUUGAAAUUGCGCAAAAGGCAUUAGACUGGAUCCGCUAUUGAAACGCCGUGAUACCUUUGAACUGGACUCAAUAAACCUGGUUGAUGUCCAAGAAUUUGAUAAUUCGGACAUUGGCUUUCUGGCAUUUCUCGAUCACGACGAAGAAGAGGAAGAAGUAGUACCAAUUGCCCAACCACGCUACAAAAUGGGGCUGGAUUUUAUGGAUAGCACUGGGGCUGACUACGAAAAUGCCCUCCUGAAUACGGGAUUCGGAAAGUUUCACUAUCAACUCUUGACCGUCUGUGGACUAAUAUACAUGAACACAGCAAUAGGCAUCACAAUCUUGUCCUUUGUGCUGCCUUCGGCUACGUGCGAUUUUCAGAUGACAUCAGAGGACAAAGGUUGGCUCACGGCGUCACCAAUGCUGGGCAUGGUGAUCGGCUCCUACUUCUGGGGCUGCCUCGCAGACACCAAGGGCAGGAAGAUCGUCCUCAUUGCGUCUCUCCUACUGGACGGAAUUUGCGGUUUGACGUCGUCCAUUGCACAGUAUUUCUGGCUAUUUAUGCUGUGUCGGUUCUUCAAUGGAUUCGGAAUAACAGGCGCAAUGGGAAUCUGCUUUCCAUAUUUGGGUGAAUUUCAACCGACAAAGUACCGAGAAAAGAUUCUAUGUUGGAUGGAAAUGUUCUGGACUGUUGGUAUAAUCAUUCUACCAGGAAUUGCAUGGAUAAUAAUUCCGUUGAACAUAAAGAUAGACCGAAAUGCCUUCUUAUUUAAUAGUUGGAAUCUAUUUGUGGCAAUUUGUGCACUUCCGAGCCUCCUUCUCGGCGUCUGGCUGUGCUUCUUUCCGGAAAGUCCAAAGUUUCUCAUUGAGUGUGGUGAAACUGACUUGGCACUGGAGGUCCUCAAGGACAUGUACAAAUCGAACACGGGAAAUGACCGAAAUGACUAUCCCAUAAAGACACUGAAGGAGAAGGAGAAGAGCAGUGGGAUUAGCCAGAAGACGAACAAGUCAAUCCGUGAGCUGAGCAUGAGGAAGCCGAAGGAGUUCAAGUUGCUGUGGACGGAAAUAUGGGAGCAAACGAAGGCCCUCUGCAAGCCACCUCAUCUCAAGCACACCGCCUUAACGUGCCUCAUUCAGUUCGGAAUAACAUCAAGCUACUACACCCUGAUGAUCUGGUUCCCGGAAUUGUUUUAUCGCUUUGAGGAGUACGAACAGGCUCAUCCGGAUCAGUCAGCCUCUGUUUGUGAUGUUUCAUCGAUUGUCCUGGGCAAUGUCAAUGGAACUCUUAUCGAUGACUUCUGUGGAGCUCCCAUUGAGGAUAGUGUCUAUAUACACACAAUUAUAAUUGGUUUAGCAUGUAUUCCAACUAGUUUAUGGCUGCCACUUUGCGUUCAUAAACUUGGUGCACGAUUCUUUUUAGUAUUCAGCCUCGUUGUGGCCGGAGCUGUGACUAUUGGUCUCUAUUUUGUAAUUGAUUCAACGCAGAAUCUCAUUCUGUCCUGUAUUUUUGAAGCACUGACUUCUCUCGGAAUAAGCCUAGUCUACACGGUGAUGGUAGAUUUAUUUCCUACUAAUCUUAGAGUAAUGGCCGCAGCCCUUUCCCUCACUUUUGGUCGCGGCGGAGCCCUUUUGGGGAAUUUAAUCUUCGGUUUCCUAAUUGAUCUUAAUUGCGUCAUCCCAAUUGUCCUCUUCUCAUCAAUGCUUUUAGUGAGCGGCCUCCUCUGCUAUUUAUUGCCAAACACAGGAUCUGAGGCCUUAGAUUGAGGCAAAAAAUUGUGUGAGUCCAGGAUUUGUGUGUGGCAAAUCUCGUUUUGGACGCAUGAACAGCAUAAGAUUUUUUCUGAAGUCGAAAGAAGUAAAAUCGAAAACCUACAAUUGAAAUUUUUAUAAUCCGGUAUUUCCAAAUACAUUCAUUGAAAUUUUACAAUA